UCGGGCUCGCGCUGUUGCUGCACACAAUAUCCAACAUGGAGUAAUCAGAGAUGGGGCUCGUCGGGGCCACCCUCAGCACCAUCAACACAUACUUCAACUACAAUACAUUCAAGCCAUUUUAAUGACCAAAUCGUGGGAAAUUAUUCGUGGUAUUCGUUGAUCUCUGUAUAUUUUUAUUCCAUAAUCCUCCAACAUCAGCAACUGGUUAGGUCCAGUGAAAAAAAAGAAAAGAAACGAAAAACCCACCAAGACGGAGACGGAGAGCAAAACGAUUCAACAGCAAAAACGACAACCAAACACACUAUAACUGAAGGAAAUUUGAGGAAUUAUUUGUAUAACAGUGACAUAAAAAUGACAACCGACACGAGUGCACCCGCUGUGGGAUUUUUUUGUAGGUGAAACGAGAAAAAUGAUUGAAGAAACACACCCAAACGAUGACAGUUACAUCGUGCGCGUCAAAGCGGUGGUUAUGACUCGAGAUGACUCGAGUGGAGGCUGGUUGGCACAGGAAGGAGGUGGUCUCAGCAGGGUGGGCGUCUGUAAGGUGAUGCCCGUUGAGCUGACCGGCCGCAGCGACUUCCUCAUCCACGGCGAGCGCCUCAAAGACAAGCAGGUGAUCUUGGAAUGUUUCGUGAAGAAGGAUCUAGUCUACACAAAGGCCACGCCCACAUUUCACCACUGGAAGGUCGACAAUAAAAAAUGUGGCCUGACGUUCCAGAGCCCCGCCGAUGCCCGUGCCUUCGACAGAGGUGUGCGGAAAGCCCUGGAGGACUUAAUGGAGGGCUCCACAACUUCCUCUUCAACACUCCAAAAUGAGGCUGAACUUGGGGAUGACGAUGUGUUCACAACCGCCACUGAUAGUUCUUCAAAUUCGUCUCAGAAGAAGGAACAUACAACUCAACUGGUGGCCACCUCCACGUUUUACGAGCCGCACCAACACCGCUGCAUCCUGCAGUGCCGGCCGCAUGAGCGCUAUAGUCUGGAGCAGGUGCGUGAAGAGCUGGAGACUAUUCAAACAACUCAAAAGUUCUCCAGGAACCUCUUUCCAUUUGAGGAUGAGGAGAUAGUCCGCAUCAAUCCCCGCGAGCGGUGGCUUAUCACGGGCUACGAAGACUACCGAUACGCCGCCGUCCCGGACAAGUUCAACCAGCCCGAUGACUCGGACUCGUACGUUCACAUCGGCAAGAACGAACCCUUAAAGCACGACUACAAUUACCCCUACGUGCCCAGCUCGGACUUCAGCCAGUGUGACAUCAAGAGCCACCGCGCAGGCACAGAGGGCGGAGUGGUGGCCGCCCAACCGCGGCCUUUCAAGUUCAAAGGCAAGCGGAGGAAAGAGGACGGCGAGCGAUCGCGUUGCGUCUACUGCCGGGACAUGUUCAACCACGAGGAGAACCGGCGCGGGCAGUGCCACGACGCCCCGGACCCCAUCCGGACCUGCAUCCACCGGGUCAGCUUCAUGUGGUGCGCGGACAGCAUGCUUUACCACUGCAUGUCCGACCCGGAGGGCGAUUACUCCGACCCGUGCUCUUGCGACACAGGCGAGGAACGUUUCUGUUUGCGCUGGACGGCCCUGCUGGGUUUGUCGCUGUUGGCGCCCUGUCUGUGCUGCUACCCGCCGCUGCACGUGUGCCACCGCUGCGGCGUGGCCUGCGGCUGCUGCGGGGGGAAGCACAAGGCCGUCGGCUGAGCCCCCGACCGCCCUCCUUCCCUCCCGAACGAACCUUAUGUAGGCCUCUUAGAACGCAAGCACUGAGGAGGGCAGGAGUGGAAAUCACGGUCGGCUCGCUGGAGCUUUUCUGGUUCCGAAUUGGUGCAUUUAACUGGCUUGAAAAACGUUUUCUGCUCUUUCGUUUUGGUUAUAUAAAAAUAUAUAUAUAAAUAUAUAAGAAUAUAUAUGUUUAUAUAUAUGUAUGUGUUUUUUUCUUCCUCUUUUAUUGUGGAUGUUUCUUUCGAUUUCGUGCCAACGAAAUUGCCCUUCUUGUCAGGUGGCUCUCGGAGCCCACGUGUCAUGCAUCACUUAUGCAGGUACUUUAUAUUUUUUACACUGAUUUUACGUUUCAAGAACUUGAAUCGCUUGUUAUUUUUAUGUCGUGUGUGCUCGAUUUGACCAUCCAUCGUUUUGAUUUUGUGUUCGUUCGGUGUGGCCGGCAAAGGGAGGUUAUAGCUGUUUACUCUUCCUGAGCGGCUCCUUAGAUGAACCGGCAUUUAUAUCCCAAGCCCUUUAACCAUUAAGAACAAUAACAUUGAGAUUAGCUUGAGACACUAAAUCUGUAGUUGGGUGGAUUGACUGGGUUUCGAAUGGAAGAGUGGAUUUUUACUGAGUUUGAAGGAGAGAGUGUGUUGAUGCCUGUGUGUGUGUUUGUGUGUGUUGUAAAGGAAUGAUAACAUUGUAUCACAGCAUAGUAUUGUUGUUAUUAUUAUAUUUAAGCCAAAUUUACAUAAGCUGCAUUGAGAGUAUAUGUAAAUACUGUAUACUCGUAUGUAUAUGUUUAAAAAUCGAAUUAUUGUAAUCAUCUUGGACAGCCACAGAUGUGCUACGGCCGUUUUCCUUACUCUUGACUUUUUCGACGUAAGGGUGGCUUUUAAGUUUAAGCGUAUUUCAGAUCCAAAGAUUAUUUUUGUCAUAUUUAUUUUCACGGUAAAUCGAAUCACCAGCCAAAGGGAGGAAAAAACUGAGAAAAUUGUUGGGCAGAGACUCACAGCCAUAUGGGAAAGUUGAGUUUCCAGCUAGCUCACACUGCUUACUCUGCAAAAAAAUAUCUUUUUUUUCUCAUUCAAUAUUUUGUCAUGUUUUCCAGAAAGAAUAUCUGAACAGUCUUGAAACAAAAACACAUAAUAUUGUGCAAUGUAGGGGAUGCACCGAUACAAAAAAAGUGCCGAUAUUGAUAUUCGAUUACUUAGAAUGACAUCGAACGAUACCGAUCGUUUUGCUUGUGCCGAGCGUACAAACUGCAAUUAUGUUGUCAUUGUCACCCAAUUCAUAAUAAUCACACAGUAAGAGAUCGGAUUCGUUUUUCCAACCCUUUUUAUUGUCAGGAGGAUAUAAUCUUCCCUGAUCAUCACCUUUUUUUAAACAACCGGAAAAUGUCUGAUAAUCCUAAAAUGCUGCAGAUACCGAUUAUAGGCCGAUAUUUCGGUGCAUCCCAAGUGCUGGUUUACAGAGAAUAUAUUUUGACUUAUUUU